AUGGAGCAGCACCCCGCCAGCGUGCUGCUCGCGCUGGACGCGUCGGCGCUGCUUGGCGCCCACUCUCAGCUGCUGGACGAUGACGUGGACCGCGACAUGAUGAGAUGCGCGAUGGCGGAGGCCGCGCUUGCGGGCGGCGGCGCUGCGGCGGGGGUGCGGGCCCACAUGCUCGACCUGCGGACGGGGGAUCUAGGGGCGGCGCUCGCGCACGUCAAGGAGGGACCCCUGACCUCCCGCUCUGUCGCCCACGCCGCCACCUGCCCCACCGACAACAUCUUCGACCUGCUGUCAGACGCGGCCGCGCGCGCCCGCUGCCCCCUCGACCUCGUCGCCGCCCACGGCGCGGGCGCGGCGCCGGUGCUGGUGGAGCCGCGGCGGGCGGCGCACAUCGAGGGGUUCAUGUUCGACGCCGCUGAGCACCUGGCCGGCGCUGCAGGCAGCAAGCGGCUCAUCGUUGUGUCGCAUCUGCCCAGCACCCCGGGGGACGUUGCACUCUUCCUGGCGCCGCCCGGCGCGGCCCCCGACUGGGAGGCGCCCGAGGAGGACGUGGCCACACUGAGCGCGGGCGGCGCGGCCGCGCGGCAGCUGGCGCGGGCGCGGCUCGCGCGGCUGGCGCGGCUCUGCGGCGUCAGCAGCAUGGAGGGCAUCGCCGUGUGGUGGCUGCUGCUGGGCGGCCCGCCCGGCAGCGACAGCCCCGCGGGCCAGGCGCUGUGGCUUGAGCUGCUGCGCCUGCUCAG